AUGUCAGAGGAAAUAGUAACGCAAGAUGCAAAGAAGCCGAAGUCUGUGCUCGGUGUCCGUCACGUGCAAAGCGGGAUGCUGUUCCUUGCGCUAGUACUGGCUUUUGCUAUGAGGGUGAACAUGAGUAUGGCGGUUGUGGCCAUGACCGACAGGAACAAUGAGGACUCCUUCGAUUGGAGCAUCCAGACGCAGUCAGUCAUCUUGUCUUCAUUCUUCUGGGGCUACGUGAUUCUACAGAUCCCAGGUGGAGAGUUGGCCGCAAGGUUCGGCGGAAUGAUUCUAGUCACGAUUUGCAUUGCCAUCAAUUCCGCAGUGUCCCUACUCAUACCCAUCGGUUCCUAUUAUGGGGGUUGGCAGUUAGUAUGUGCAUGUCGAGUGAUCCAAGGAUUGGCACAGGGUUUCCUUCUACCCUCCAUACACCACCUCAUUGGAAAAUGGGUUCCAUUGGAGGAGAAGAGCCGUCUUGGAACAAUCAUUUACGCUGGGGCUCAAUUUGGUACAGCGCUACAGUUGAUGGUAUCCGGGUUCCUUGCUGAUUAUUGGGGAUGGCCUGCUAUUUUCUACUCCAACGGGACCCUCGGAGCUGUGUGGACCGUCGCCUACGUCUUCUUAGGGGCUGCGUCCCCUCAGACCUCGAGGAUGAUUGGAGCUGAAGAGCGACUGUACAUACAAACUUCUCUCGGGCAUGUUGGUGUGCAAAAGAAAUUUAAAACUCCCUGGAAGAGUAUAUGGACCUCGCUACCCUUUAUCUCCCUCAUUGUGGUACACUGUGGUCAGAACUGGGGUUUCUGGACACUUAUGACAGAAAUUCCCUCUUACAUGAAUCAGGUGUUAGGUGUUAACAUUAAAACGAACGGCAUGAUGUCAGCUCUGCCAUACCUGGCAAUGUACCUGUUCAGUUUCCCAUUGGGAUUCCUUUCCGAUUACAUUUUGAAGAAGAAAUGGCUUAGUAUCACGGCAUGCAGAAAGCUCUCCAACUCAAUAGGCCAUUUCGGCCCCGCAGUAUCGCUGGUUGGCCUUUCGUACGUGCCUGCAGGUAACCUUCCUUUGGCGGUAGGGGUUCUUACCGCAGUAGUAGGACUUAACGCUGGUCUUUACACCGGAUACCAGCUCGUUCACAUCGAUAUGGCACCAAACUUUGCUGGCACUUUGAUGGGAAUAACAAACUGUUUCGCCAACUGCAUAUCUAUCAUUGCACCUAUAGCUGCGGGUUUCAUUUUAAACGAUGAAACGGAUCCACAAGAAUGGCGGAAGGUAUUUUACUUAGCAUCAGGCAUUUACAUUGUGUGCAACAGUUUCUUCAUCAUCUUCGGUACCAGUGAGAGGCAGGAAUGGAACGAGCCUUCCUCCGACUCAAAGGAGCCUCCCGAUGAAACCACUGCACAGAACAACGUAGAGAAAGUGUCA